CGGAGGAGGGCGGGGGGGGUGUUUAGUUUGUAGGUUGUUCAGUAGGGGGGGGGAAGUGGAGGGACGAUGGGUUCGGUGCUGUUGAUGGUGAUGGUGCUUCACUCGGUCAUUGCUGAGAUUUUCACGUGUCUCUCGUUUAUGCUACUUUCAUUUUUUUCAUUUUUCGUUCCUUUGAAGUUGGACUCGGGUGUUUUCACUCUUCUAAUGCAUCUCAAUCAUCUUUAGACUAGCUAUAGUAUGGAAUUCCCUUUUUUUUUUCUUUUCCUUUCCUUUCCUUUCGUCAUCAACAUCAUGGUCAUCAUCAAUAGAAAAUCUACAUUUCUCAUUAUUUUUUUUUGGAUUUCAAGUCUUUACUUUUCUGUUUUUUUUUUUUGCUUUCGUGUCGU